AUGCCGACUGAGUUGAAGACCAAUACAUGUUUUGGCAAAAUGAUCAGCUUAUCAUGCUUCCCAGCCUCCUGGCACUUCAGCCUGUCUCCCCUGGUUCUACCCAGUGUCCCACUACCUUCAUUCAGGCAGCUGCUCUUCUUUGGUCUGCUGGUGGGACUGAUUUACCUGUUGCUGGUAACAGGAAAGGGCCAGGACAGCUGGAACAGAAAGGACAACAAUUUCCACAGACAAUUGGCGAGGGUCACAGAUGUGGAGGCCACAGACACUAGCAAUCACAACCUAAACUAUGGCCUGGUGGUGGACUGCGGCAGCAGUGGCUCCAGGGUGUUUGUGUACUGUUGGCCCAGGCACAAUGGUAAUCACCAUGACCUUCUUGACAUCCGACAGAUGAGAGAUCAGCACAGGAAGCCAGUGGUCAUGAAGAUCAAACCAGGUAUCUCGGCACUAGCAAAAACACCAGAGAAGGCCAGUGAUUACAUCCACCCCCUGCUGAGCUUUGCUGCCCGGCAAAUUCCUAAACACAAGCACCAGGAGACCCCUCUGUACAUCUUGUGCACAGCUGGAAUGAGGGUGCUGCCUGACAGUCAACAGGAGGCACUUCUUGAGGAUCUACGGACUGACAUCCCUGUCCGUUUCAACUUCCUCUUCUCUGAUUCCCAUGUGGAGGUCAUUUCUGGCAAGCAGGAAGGUGUGUAUGCAUGGAUCGGAAUCAACUUUGUCCUUGGAAAGUUUAAUCAUGUGGAUAGUGAGAGGGAUGCAGUAGUAGAGGUGCAGGUACCAGGAGGUGACCAGCAGGAGGCGCUGGUGAGGACACGGACCGCCGGUGUUCUGGACAUGGGUGGCGUUUCUACACAGAUAGCAUACAAAGUGCCCAAAACUGAGGAAGUGGCCAAAAAUUUGCUUGCAGAGUUCAACCUGGGUUGCGAUGCCCACCGGACAGACCAUGUCUACCGGGUGUAUGUGUCCACCUUCCUGGGCUUUGGAGGAAAUGCUGCUCGACAAAGAUACGAGGAGAGCAUUGUCAUGAACACUCUCACUAAAAACAAGCUCCUGGGUCAACAUGUAGGUGAGACAGGAGAGUCCCCCCUCCUGGACCCAUGCCUACCCUCAGACCUGCAGGAUGAGGUGGGGCCAGCCACACAGAAACUCCAUCUGCUUGGCACGGGGGAUUUUGAUCACUGUAGACAGCUGCUUCAGCCCUUCCUCAACCACACCAAUGAGACUCACUCCUCCCUCAAUGGCAUCUACCAGCCUCCCAUUGACUACCCCAACAGCCAGUUCUAUGGGUUCUCUGAGUUCUACUACUGCACAGAGGAUGUGUUGCGCAUGGGCGGGGAUUUUAACUCCUCAAAGUAUGCCAGUGCUGCCAAGAGUUACUGCGCCACCCAGUGGAGAACUCUGAAAGUGCGAUUUGACUCAGACUUGUAUGGCUCUCACGCUGAUGUUCACAGGCUCAAGUACCAGUGUUUUAAAUCAGCCUGGAUGUAUGAGGUAUUUCACGCAGGCUUCUCCUUCCCUAUGGACUACAAAAACCUGAGGACUGCCCUUUUAGUCUAUGAUAAAGAGGUACAAUGGACUCUUGGAGCCAUCCUUUACAGAACCCGUUUUUUGCCUUUGAGGGAUAUUCAGCAGGAGAGUCUGAAAGGAGUCCACUCCCACUGGCGUCACAGCUUCUCCUUUGUCAACAACCACUACUUGUUCUUGGCCUGCUUCCUGGUUGUCCUCCUAUCCAUCCUGCUCUACUUGCUGCGCCUCCGACGUAUCCACAGCUGUACCACGCAACGCUGCACCCCCUCUACUGUUAAGUGGCUAGAGGAGGGUCUCAGAUCCCACCCACUCCCUAUCACCCUUUAGACUUCACAUCUGUCACUCCAAAAUCAGCCUUUUCUUCCCCAGCUGGAAUCCAUUUGCCUGCACCUGUAUGUUAAGGUCUUCAUUUCUUAGCUGGAAAUGACAAAGACUAGAACUUUAGUUGGAUUUUCAAUGAGUCCAAUGAACAGAUGUCAGACAGCAUUGGGAUGAACUGGUGUGGGAGUUAUUGCAUGUUGAGUUUGCACCAUCCAUGAAAUUCUUUGUUAAUGUCUUUUUUUUAAUGUUAUCAAAAUAUCAGCCUUUCUUAUGUUUCUGGAAAUGUGAACGAGGUACAAAAAGCGUAACUAUCCUUGCCUGAAGUUUGAGGUCCCAUCCGUACAUGGUCCAGUUAGGCUGGCUUGUUCAAGCUUCCUGUAAGGUUCAAAUGGCAGCUGCCUCACAACUUACCCUAAUUAGUCAUUCCUAAAACGGCAUAUUGUGAAAGAAUGCCCCUAAACUGCUGUUUUUUCCAAUGAAGGAGCACAUCAUUGAAUGAAUGUGACAAGACAAUAGUAGGUAUAUGAGGACGAUGAUGAAACAGUUGCUGUUUUACAGUACAUAUUUAUAGAUUCACUGUUCUUGAGUAGAGUUUCACUUAUCUGUCACAUUAUCCUGAUGCAAUUUAAUUUCAGUGUCUCUGUUUGCAUUUUGGGUGCAUGAUCAGUGAAUGUUUACUGGUUGUGGGGAGGAAUGUUGUGUGCACCUCUGUUCACCCUCAAAGUUUACUGCUCUGCUUGGCACCUGUCAUACUUUGAUUUACAGCUUAUUUUUUAGUUAGACUGCUGCGCCACAGAAGAAAACUAAGGUUAUGCAUCUCAGUGCAAGAGGCGUCACAAUAGUACCUGGUUCAAAUUCAGGCUGUAUCAAAUCCAGCUGUCAUUGGGAGUCCCAUAGGGCGGCACACAAUUGGCCCAGCGAUGUCCGGGUUUGGCCUGAGUAGGCCAUCAUGGUAAAUAAGAAUUUGUUCUUAACUGACUUGCCUAGUUAAAUAAAAAUAAGCAGUUAACUACUUACAGCUCUUCAGAAAACACUGUUCUAAGUUUGUUUUGAUCUAUUGUAGUAGGCUUUUGUUACACUAGGUCCUUUUUUUCCUCACUUCCCCCCCAACCCUAUUCCCGAACAGGUAGUGUUUAUCAAAGCUGCAAUGGUGCAAUAUUUAUUCAUGUAUUAUCACUGGAGAGAUGCUCCAGUCCACAUCAGAUGAAUUCACAUCGAGGGCUCAGCUACAGUAGAGUAAAACUUCGCUGUCUCCUCAGUUCAACGAAGUGACAGGGUGAAGAUAAUUUAAUUUGGGAAUCCCUUCAUAUACUGUCAAACUCACUGGGCUUUGUUUUUAGAAGCUGUUAUUUCACUGCUGUAAAGGGGAUAGUUUAUCAAAGCACAUAACACAUUUCACCCCAUGCUUCCCGAAGCAUCUCCCACAAGUUGGAUCGGCUUGAUGAGCACUUCUUACGUGCCAUACUGUCAAGCUGCUCCCACAACGGCUCAAUAGGGUUGAGAUCCGAUGACUGCUGGCCACUCCAUUAUAGACAGAAUGCCAGCUGAUUGCUUCUUCCCUAAAUGGUUCUUGCAUAGUUUGGAACUGUGCUUUGGGUCAUUGUCCUGUUGUAGGAGGAAAUUGGCUCCGAUUAAGCGCCGUCCACAGGGUAUGGCAUCGUGUUGCAAAAUGGAGUGAUAGCCUUCCU